GGGAGAAACCAGGCCGAGCAGCUGUGUGGGAGCAAGCUUGCGUCUGAGGGUCCCUGGGCGUACCUCAUGGGCUUCCAGACCGGUUCACGCCUGCAGCUUGCUGAGCCUGAAGGAGACGGAGUUGCGUGGCAUUUACAGCAGAGGAGAGAAGCUGCUUCUGUCUUCUUCAUGCACCCGUCUGCAGGAACAGAACAUGCGAGUCUGUUCCCCACCUCUGGGUCGUUCGUUUGUCUCCUCUGCCUGGACACUCUUUCCUGAGAGCUUACUUUGGCUACCUCUCAUCCUUCAAGUCUAAGCUCAAAGGUCACCUCUCAAAGAUGCUUGCCCUGACCACCAAUCUAAAUAAGACUGAACGAAAUGAAACCAGGACACUUAUGGCUGCGUCUCAUGCUGCUUGGGGUUUCCUUGCCAGCUGCACUGGGGUGGAUGGACCCAGGAACCAGCAAAGGCCUGAACAUGGGUGUGGGUGACUCACAGGCAGAGGAGUCCAGAAGCUUUGAAGUCACAAGAAGAGAAGGACUUUCUGGCCACGACGGGCUGCCAGCAUCCUGUGGGAAGAAGUUCUGCAGCCGUGGGAGCAGGUGCAUGCUCAGCAGAGAGACGGGGGAGCCCGAAUGCCGGUGCCUGGAGGCAUGCAGGCCCAGCUACAUGCCUGUGUGUGGCUCCGAUGGGAGGUUUUAUGAGAACCAUUGUGAGCUCCACCGUGCAGCUUGCUUGCUGGGGAGGAAGAUCGUCAUCGUCCGCAGCAAGGACUGCUUCCUUAAAGAUGACCCGUGCACCAUGGCCGACUAUGCCCGCCUGAAGAAUGUCCUUCUGGCGCUCCAGGCCCGCCGGCGGCCACUCCCAGAUGGGGACAGCCGACAAGACCCUGCCUCUCAGAAGCGCCUCCUGGUGGAAUCUCUAUUUGCGGACUUGGAUGCAGAUGGUGAUGGCCACCUCAGCGGCUCGGAACUGGCUCAGCACGUGCUGAAGGAGCAGGACCUGGAGGAGGGCUUCCUGGGAUGCUCACCGGGCGACCUCCUCCGAUUUGAUGACUACAACAACGAUGGCUCCCUGACCCUCCACGAGCUCUACACAGCUUUCCAGGUGGUUCAGCUUACCCUCGCCCCUGAGGAUAGGGUCAGCGUGGCCACAGUGACCGUGGGGCUGAGCACGGUGCUGACCUGUGCCAUCCGCGGAGACCUGCGACCACCCAUCGUCUGGAAGCGCAAUGGGCUUACCCUCAACUUCAUGGCCUUGGAAGACAUCAAUGACUUCGGAGAGGAUGACUCCCUCUACAUCACCAAGGUGACCACCAUCCACAUGGGCAACUACACCUGCCACGCCUCCGGCCAUGAGGAGCUCUUCCAGACCCACGUCCUGCAGGUGAAUGUCCCGCCAGUCAUCCGUGUGUACCCGGAGACCCAGGCGCAGGAGCCCGGGGUGGCAGCCAGUCUGAAGUGCCACGCGGAGGGCAUUCCUAUGCCCAGAAUCACUUGGCUGAAAAACGGCAUGGACGUCUCAACCCAGAUGUCGAAACAACUCUCCCUUUUAGCCAACGGGAGCGAACUCCACAUCGGCAGUGUUCGGUAUGAAGACACGGGGGCGUAUACCUGCAUUGCCAAAAAUGAAGUGGGUGUGGACGAGGAUAUAUCCUCACUUUUCAUCGAAGACUCUGCUAGAAAGACCCUUGCAAACAUUCUGUGGCGAGAGGAAGGCCUCAGUGUGGGAAACAUGUUCUAUGUCUUCUCUGACGAUGGCAUUAUCAUCCUGCACCCCGCGGACUGUGAGAUCCAGAGGCACCUCAAACCCACUGAGAAGAUCUUCAUGAGCUACGAAGAAAUCUGUCCUCAAGUGGAAGGAAAUGGCACCCAGUCAUGCCAGUGGGCAUCAGCAGUGAACAUCAGGCACCGGUACAUAUACGUGGCCCAGCCAGCACUGAACAGAGUCCUCGUGGUUGAUGUGCAAGCCCAGAAAGUCCUACAGUCCAUAGGUGUGGACCCUCUGCCAGCUAAGCUGUCCUAUGACAAGUCUCAUGACCAAGUGUGGGUCCUGAGCUGGGGGGAUGUGCACAAGUCCCAACCAAGCCUCCAGGUGAUCACAGAAGCCAGCACCGGCCAGGGCCAGCACCUUAUCCGCACACCGUUUGCAGGAGUGGAUGAUUUCUUCAUUCCUCCAACAAACCUCAUCAUCAACCAUAUCAGGUUCGGCUUCAUCUUCAACAAGUCUGAGCCCGCAGUUCACAAAGUUGACCUGGAAACACUGGUGCUGCUCAAGACCAUCAGCCUGCAGAGCCACGGCUGCGUGCCACAGGCCAUGGCCCACACCCACCUGGGCGGCUACUUCUUCAUCCAGUGCCAACAGGAUGGCCCCGCUUCUGCCGCCCCCCAGUUGCUGCUCGACAGCGUCACGGACUCCGUGCUCGGCCCCAAUGGGGACGUGACUGGCACCCCACACGUGUCCCCCGACGGGCGCUUUGUGGUCAGCACUGCUGCCACCAGCCCCCAGCUGCACGUGCAGGAGAUCACUCUGCAGGGAGAGAUCCAGACUCUCUCUAGCCUGAAAAUAAGCCAGGGCAUCUCCGACGUGGCCUUCCAGCACUCCUUCACCCACGGCAAUCAGUACUACAUCUACGCCCCCCUGGAGACAGAGCCAGACCUGCUGUUCCUGGAGCUGUCCACGGGGAAGACGGGCAUGCUCAAGAACUUGAAGGAGCCGCCCACGGUGCCCGCAUGGCCUUGGGGAGGGCCCCGCAGGAUCGUGAGGGACAGCGGGCUCUUCGGACAGUACCUGCUCAUCCCCGCCCAAGAGUCGCUGUUUCUCGUCAACGGGAGACAAAACGCGCUGCGGUGUGAGGUGUCGGGCGUAAAGCGGGGGACCACAGUGGUGUGGGUGGGCGAGGUAUGAAGGAGCCCGGGGCAGAGCCCUGGGCCACCAAGCACGGCCGAGUCCUCACACCGCAGCCCCAAGCAGGCGCCCUGUACAUUUUCACGGACAAACGCAAAACCUGUAUCCGCUUUGUGGUUCAACACUGGCCUCCUUGCAAGUUUCCUAGUAUAAGGUAUGCGCUGCUAACCAGAUUGGGGUUUUUCGUUGGGAAGUAUGAUUUAUGCCUUGAGCUACGGUGAGAACACACGCUGCUGUGUAAAGGAAUCAUUUCUGUGCCCAGCUACACGCCAUGUUUCCUGGGGAACGCUGCGGAACCAAGAGCUCCUGCUUUCCAGGCUGACACUUGUGUCGGUUGCCUUCAUGUACUCAUUGUCCGUCACGGCCGGGUCCAGCCGACCUCCCCCCGAUGGAGUGGCCCCGAAGCCAGGCCUGGAAACUCAGUGCGAGCCCUGGCUUUCGCUCCAGGCAUGAGAGCCACGUCUGCCCUCAUUCCGGACCUUCUUUUCUCCUGCGCAGCCGCUUCAUGCUUUUUUUCCAUGUGACUUGGUGUAAGCCUGAGGGAGAUCCAGCCAGACUCUUGCGUCUUGGGGGAUGGGGAAAUCACUUACUUUAUUUUGGAAAUUUUGAUUAAAAGAUAAUUUUUUAUAAUCUCAAAUGCUAGUAAGCAGAAAGAUGCUCUCCGAGGUCCGCUCUGUUCGUCCCUGCCUUAGGCCAAGUCUCUGAGAGUCACCACCCCACACCCAGAAAGAACAGUGAUCAUCCAGGAAUAACGGUCCUCUAUACCACGGACACCCCGAAUACAGAUCUAGCCACCACAGUGGCAAAGACUUUGUUCUGGGCCGGGACGCAAAGAGACCAGGACAAACCCUGUGUGCCUGCUUUUUACCACUGAACGGGGAUGUUUUAUGAGCCGGGCCCAGUUCCCCAGAUUCAGGGCAGACUGGGCUUGCCACGGGGGCGGCCUACAGAAGAGUGACCUCCUGGUGCAACACAAAGACACGUGUGGGGUCCAAGUGGCUUCUGUAGGCGAUCCCUUUCAAAAAUCAAUUUCUUUUCUGCCCGUGGCCCUUGCACUCAGCUCUAGCACGCCCGUCAUUGCAUCAUCACUGCACAGCACAUUUCAGUCUUUUCUUACACGUGGACCCUUCUGUCCCCAAUAAUAUACACUGCAAAACCCACAAUCAGAAGGCGGAGGGAAGGGGGGGCCAGUGGCGGGAGGGUGUGGGCUGCCAAUGCUUCAUGAUUCCCAAAUAUCUCAGACAGUGCUGGGCUGUCAGGGGGGCAUCGAGGAAGUACAACCCAGCUGGCCCCGAGAAGACAGCUCAUGUUGGAGAAUGUCAGCUUUGGGGCUCCCAGCACACCCCUUUCCUUCUCCCUCGCCUCAUUCACCAAAACACACUUGUAUGCUUUCUGGCCUGAAUGAUCGGUUUUCAAGUCACGUGAAGUUGGAAGAGAUGGUCUCAUCAUGGACACCUCACCUAGGGCAGACCGCUUCACCUGCCAACAUGGCCGUGCUUUUCCCGCUCUGAUCACUGGCCGCUUUCAGGGAAAGGAAGACACAGACCCUGCCUUGCUGUAAAUACAGCUCCCUUGCACACUCACCUGAAUGCCCAACCUACCUGACCCCAACUUGAUUUCCUGAAAUCAGCCAGUCCUGUUGUCUCACGUAUCUUGGUCCAUCCAAAGCCUGUCCCCUCCAACUCCCAAGAGUGUGCCUAGAUAUGUACAUGCAUACUUUAGAUUUUGUUACAUGUACUUGAGCUGUAGCUACAGGUUGAAAGGAUGGACUUCGAAAGCCGCAUACUCAGUUUCCCAAGAGCUGGAAUGGAUGGGUGACACCUCUCACCCUUUCUUCUUCCUGCCGCAAUCUCUUGACACAUUCACUUCCAGACUUCCACAUUUAUCACUGCAGUUCUCCACUUUCACCAACUUCUCCCUUUGGAAAAAUCUUCCAGAUGAUGGCAACCCCUGGCAGAGAAAGUCUGAGCCUACCUGAGGAAGAGCCUACCACCUACCAGGUCAGGACAUCAGCCCCUCGGGCUCAUGGGUUCCUAAGUCAAAGACCAGUCCAAUCCCAGCAGGCCUUGUGAUCUGGGAGACUGCAGCAUCUGUUCCUUUGCCUCAUUCCUUCUGUUUCUAAGUGUGUCUGAAAAGCAUUUCUGCCUCUGGCUAACUCACUGUGCAAUUAACUGGAGAUGCCAGCUUAGGGCUCGGGGCCAGCGUUCCACACACUGUUGAAUCAGAGCAGGGAUUCGUAGGCCUGAAAACAGUGCAAUUUGCACAUUCACAAAGGCAAGAGAGUAAAUGCUUUUUCAUCACAGCAACUAGCCGAACUGCUGGGUGGGAGGCAGAGGAAAGGCUGGCCAGGCUGCCCCCCGCCCCCCUUCCAACCCCAGAAGCUCAGAGGAACACGGUCCCAAAGUCACUGGUGUAAGAAGUUACCACAGCAGGUGAGCCUUGCUGCCGACCCAGCCACAGCCCUCUGACAAACACACAAGAUCACCUAACAACCAACCAAUACUUCACAUUAAAGAAGCACUUCACCUUAACAAUGACACAUUCACAAUGAACUAUUUCAAAAUUUACUGAAUUUUGAAAUAAAAUUUAAUUUCACAAAAAUUCAACAUAGUAUUUUUUUUCAUAACAACUCACAACCUACACCUUUGCUGAUAUUAAGGAUUUGAAAUGGAGGGGCUGGUGUUCCUUCCACCCCAGUGAGCAAAACUCUGCAUGGAGGCAGUGGGUCUGAAAGCCUACCCAGCCUUCUACCGAGGGGUAGUAGUAAGAGGGAAGUGUCUGCUUGCUGGUGGCCACACGGACCAUCUGCACAGGAGGCCUGGGUGUGGAGCACGUGCUGUGUGGCAAAUGCCACCAUCCCCGCCCCGGCAAUCCUGCCCAACAAACUCUGCCUGGGGCUGGCCCAGGCUUCUUCCCUCGGUCUCCCAGUCAAUUCAAGCGUCUCACUAUACCUUCCCCAAGCCCCUGGAAGUAGCUGGAAGGACCCUGUGAAGGGUGGGUGGGGCCAACCACUAAUCCCCAACCACAAGAUGCAGGAACUUGAAUCUGGACGCAUCAUGAACAGAGACAGAAGCUCAGCCCCUGCAUGCCCCCUCCCACCUCACCCCUGCCACCUGCUGUCUUUCCCACUGCUCUGUGCAGAAAAGGGCUCCCAGCUCCAGGAAGGGCUCCCGAGGACAGCUCUUAACCCUGAAAAAAGCAGAGAACUGCCUGUUGCCCUAGGGAACCUAAUUGCUGAGGCUCUAUUUAGGAGAGCAGCCUGAAGUUGGCUUUGUGUGGCCACACCUUCUUUUCUGUUGACCAAUAACCUGUGAACUAAAGGAGAAUCCAGAACAGAGAUGUGCAACAGAUCCAUUCUGGCUAUAUUUUUCUACCAGGGGCUUGCAACAUCAUCAAUUCAUUUCUCACUGUGUGUUUCAUUAACACACUGUGGAUGCUGAACAACCCUCAUCACCAAAUCCCACAGCCCUGUCCUGGGACCUUCUCUCCAGAACCAAGCCCCUUGGAGUGCUGAGGCCACUUGCCCUCCCUCCCGUGCACUACUGGUCUACCUCACCUUCUCCUCCCUGUACCCAGCUCCUCUGACAGCUGCCCCCACCCAGGAAGCUGGACGGUGACGUGGGCCAACAACAAUGACAUGAAAUCCUUUGCUGUCCUUGCCCACCCAGAACCCCAGGUUCUGUUCCACGUGCAGUCAGAACCCACUGGGACACAGCCCUUGGCCGCCCAGAAUCACAACCUCCACACCCUAGCUUGCAGACCUUCCAAACGAGGUAACCAAGACCAGAGCAAGCUCACAGGUGUCAGAGAAGUCAACUGUUGUCAAACAGAAACUGUCAGACAGGAAUAGAGACCAUGACGUCUCGGCCAAGCUUCGUCCCUUAGAGGGCCCAAGCCACACCUCCCUCCUUCCCACUUUACUCUCAGCCUUUCUGGCUCCCCUCCUAUGCUUCAGGUCUCCUGCACGUGUGCUGUGCCACAGCUCCUACAGUUCAAGGGACAACUGACCUUACUGUCACACCAGCUCCCCACAACAGCCUUUGCCCAUGCUGCUAGCUAGCUUUGCAAGUCCAAGUAAGAAGUCACUCCCAGGGCCACAUACUACUAUUUGCUCCCACAGGAGCACAGAGGCAGAGGAGUUUUGUUUGACAAAGUCACUAGCUGCCAUGGCUUCUGUCCAAAAUCAUAGAGAUUACAGAAUAGAGAGCGGCUUAAAAGAUUCAAAGGAGAAAAUACAUGGUGCCUAUUCUCGAGGUCUGACUACAGGACCCCAAAUCCCUCAUGCAGCACAGGCCACUUCCUGCUUCUCUCUUCACCAGAUUACCUGCCAAGUUACUUGAGAAUCUGAGCAUCUUAUGCAGGCCUGCAGGCUUUAGGCACAGCCACACAGCCGGCAGCAGGAGCCCAGCAAGCAUGGUCUCACACAUUCUCUGGAGCUGUAGGCAGCAGUAGGGAUUAAACCAAACACAGUGUGUGAAAUUAUGGAAAGUAUGGGAAGAGCGGGAAUUGGCCUCCAAAACUGAGAGCGAGGCUUCCUGAGCCGGCACCAAAGUGUUGAACCUAUACUUUUUGUUGUUAUUGGACAAACCCACAAUUCACACACACACACACACACACACACACACACACACACAUGCACACGCACACCCUUCCCAAGCUCAUCUUGACCAAUAUGGGACCAUCUGUUUCCCCUGUGACCCUAGAGAAGGUGGACCAUGCCCCAGAGGGCUCUAGAAGGCUUAGCCUGCUCUGCACAAAGCACAAACUGUUGAUUCGCCCCCACCCCAAGCAUGGUGGCCUCUCCACAUGUCACCAGAGCAGGAUCAGAGAAUGCUGCCCUUUGGGGACACACUCUUCAAGAUCGGAGCUUCCUAGCGAGUUUCCAUAGUUACCACAUUCGCCUGCCAAGAUCAGAGCUUCACGGCGGUCGUUGGUGGUAUAGUGGUGAACACAGCUGCCUGCCAAGAUCAGAGCUUCAUUUGUAAAGAAGCGCAACUAGUCUCUGCUGAUCGUGGGGCCCAAGUGCUUUCUCUUUUAGAGAAAAUCCCCUAAAUCCAAACCCUUGUCCGCUGCCCAGCAUGACAUCUGCCAUCCAUUUAAGAGUCAGUUAAGACACUUCAGCUGCUUCAGAGAGGUGCAGGACGACAGGUCCAUAAGCCACCACCCCAGACCCCACAGCAGCCCCUGUGGCUGGGCAGCCCCCAUUUCUGGCCUGGCCCCGUCACCCCCCCCCCCCCCCCCGCCGCGGUUCCCCCUCCUGCUCACACUUUCUGAAGGCCCUGUGAGAUGGCCUCAAAACAGAAGUGGCCAUGGAGUGUUGCUGCAGUGGUCACACACAGUGUUUCAUGCUAUAGUGUAGCUGAAUGGCCCUCAAGAUACGAAGUCACAUGCACACCCUUUGUCCCAUUAAGAUUCUCCUCCUCCCCCGCCUCAGAAAACUUUCAGAGCUCUUACGUCAAGGCAGAUAUAUUAUUUUGAGCAGUUGUGUAGACACCAAAAUCUAUUUUCUGUAAUCACCAGUAUUUCUCAAAAGGCCUCCUGUACUUACGAUACAUGUGAAUUUUUCCUUGUUUAUACGAUAUAUAUAAAUUAUUUUUAAUACAUCAACUUUAGAACUUUGUACCAACACAGUAACCGUACCUGGCAUUUGAAAUAAGUUUGUGUUUACUUUAACGUAUUGCACAGUAUUGAACACACCGUGUAACUGCAGUACCACUUGAUAUAAAGACGAUUCACAAAUUAUCAUCAAGUAUUGUCAAUGUAAAUGCUCUUUUUCGGAGGAUUUUACAAUAAAACUUGAGAAAAGUUA